AUGCCGACUGAAACUCGUAUCACUCGCCUCCAUCGAAGUUUCGAUCGAGCAGUUUGCUAUCCCUCGCGAUCUACGAUGUCGAGAGAUGGAUCGAAUCCGCCAGCCGGCGAUGACGAACCUUCGGAGCCUUCGGAGAGUCAGACUCCGAAUCUCAAUGAGAACGAACUUCUGUCGUCCGAGCAGAACGCGUUAAGUCAUUCGCCUCCCUCCCUCGCGGACACGCUUUGCAGCAUGUCACCGAAUGCGGGCCGAAUGCACGCACUCUUGAAUAGUAAAUUCAAGACUGAUAUCUCCUCGGCUACCAGUAGCAAGCGUCUCAAAAAGAAUCGUGGUAUUGCGAAGGCUUACAAGAAACCCCGCCAAGAGCGCAACUUCUACCCAGCCUACAUAAGAAUACGGAGAUAUGUCGAAAGACUACUCGGAGAUGUGGCAAAUAAGAAGCUGAGAGCCCGAACCAUCGAGCGCCGUAUCAAAAAGUUAUGUCUGCCACUUAUGGUGACUUCCUGGAGUCGUCCGACUCCUCUGAAGAUUCCGAUUUCGGAGAUUCUGAAUCAGACACUCCGCCAUCCGAAUCCAACGACGAGAAAGACAGCUCGGAUGACGACACCUUCAUGGGACCCAACCUAG